AGCGUUGUCAGCUAGCAUGCCGGUAUAACGCUUCGUCUUAUCUCGCGCUCUUCUCUAGCCCUCCAAACCGAACAGAACGUGAGAUGCUGCACACAGCACGAUCUCGCCCACUGACUACUCUACACCUCUAGAAGCGGAGAGGAGCUGAUCAUGCGAGAGUGAUCAAGAAAUACGACUGAGUGAUCCCGAAGUGAUCGUCCGGAGAGGCGUCGAUUAUAAAUGCCAGUGCACCGGCGAAGUUAUUCUACAGUCGACAUGUGCUAACCGAAACCAUCGUUACCAUUACAAGCGUUCCCAAGCGUCGUGCUACGAGUGCCCGUACUCUAUACCAGCAGCGUAGCAACUCUGUGUACUUUGUUCGUGCAGUGAGAGCAAAAAAGUUGAUCGUUUUAUUUGUAAAAAAGUAGUUAUUUUCACUACCGGUUCGAAAACCCCAAAACGGCUGAGGUUAACCGGUCAACCAAGCACGACACAAAAUGACGAUCAACGAACGAACGUCGCUGCUGCCGAAGGAGUACCAGAAGACGUACAGCAUCGCCAUCCCGCAGGACGAUGUGAACAAUAAUGUCAGCAACAGCAACGACGACAAUGGCGUACUGAGCGUGUACGACAGCUAUGCAUUGACAAAGGACGAGCUGAACAAGUAUAUAGACGACCCCUGGUGGAUAAAGAUGCGGUACGGAUGCUUCGCUACCUGUUGGAUCGUGUGUCUGAUUGCUCUGGGCGUUUCACUGUACAUCGCAGCAGAUGCACUUCAGCACGAUCAUUGCGGUGCCUCAUUAGUCAACAAUGGAACAUCUACACCAACCACCACCCCAAUCCCUGGUAGUAGUAUCAACAGCACGACGAAUCCUUUCGCUAACACGGAACCAAGCACGCCUCCUUCGAUCGUGUUUGCUUUGCUAAAUCAACCAACGACGUAAGGUUGUUUUUUGCGUACAACCAGCUCACAUUUGAUUUGGUUUCGCUGACAAACCGUACUCGCGCAACGCUGUGAUCCACUCCCUAGAGGAAAGAAUUAUUUAUUAUCGUUAGGCAACUAUGACCAGCAGCCACAAAUAGUGGAAGCAUCUGUUCUGGUAUCGCAUUACAGCUAGCUUCUCACACUCACGCGUGUUCGAUAGGACAAGAUUAGCGGUAGGUGCAAAACCGGAAUCAGAAAGUGAAUCCGUGUAACGCGAUCGUAUCUUGUCGAGCCAAUUCCGGUUCGAGUGAGUAUUCUGUUCUGUAGGCUGGCUAGUGUUCCUUAUCCGCCAGUGCCAUUCAUCGCUUAGCAAGAACGAACAGAGCGUCGUAGAUGAUGUAACUCGAUGGGAAAUUUACUCAUCCCAGGAAUUUGUUUACUAUUUACAAAUGGAGCAGCGGUUACCAGUGUAUCAGACACGCAUCGUUGCACAUCCCGUGUAAGGGGAUAGAUGGCAUUGGCGCUACGGACCUAGGAAUAGUGACAAGUGAUGCUUUUGUGCAUGCAAAGAAUAUGAUGAUACAUCUUUGAAACAACUCAUAAUGUAAUAAAAUAAACGAAUGUUAUAAACAUGAUUUUACACAAGAAA